AUGGGGGAGUGGGCGUUCCUAGGCUCGCUGCUGGACGCCGUGCAGCUGCAGUCGCCGCUGGUGGGUCGCCUGUGGCUGGUGACCAUGCUGAUCUUCCGCAUCCUGGUGCUGGCCACGGUGGGCGGCGCGGUGUUCGAGGACGAGCAGGAGGAGUUCGUGUGCAACACGUUACAGCCGGGCUGCCGCCAGGUCUGCUACGACCGCGCCUUCCCGGUCUCCCACUACCGCUUCUGGCUCUUCCACAUCCUGCUGCUGUCGGCGCCGCCGGUGCUGUUCGUCAUCUACUCCAUGCACCAGGCCGGCAAGGAGGGCGGGGCCGGGGCCGGGGCCGGGGCCGGGGCCGGGGCCGGGGCCGCGGCGGCGGGGCCCCCGCGCGCCCCCCGCGCCCGCCGCGCGCGCCGCUGCUACCUGCUGAGCGUGGCGCUGCGCCUGCUGGCCGAGCUGGCCUUCCUGGGCGGCCAGGCGCUGCUCUACGGCUUCCGCGUGGCCCCGCACGUCGCCUGCAGCGGCCCGCCCUGCCCGCACACCGUCGACUGCUUCGUCAGCCGGCCCACCGAGAAGACGGUCUUCGUGGUCUUCUACUUCGCCGUGGGGCUGCUCUCGGCGCUGCUCAGCGUGGCCGAGCUGGGACACCUGCUGUGGAAGGGCCGCGCGCGCGCCGCGGACGGCGGACCCCGCGGCGACCGCGCGCCGGGCCCCGCGCGGAAGCCGCUCCCGCCGCCGCCGCCGCCGCCGCCGCCGCCCCCG